UAAGUUCAGUUACUUGUUGCGGGCUGUACGUUUCGCAUGUGUCAUCGGAGUAAGGUCCAUCCUAAAAGAGAAAACUUAAUUAAUUGCGAUUGCUAUCCUUCCGAUUAAGGAUUAAUUAAUUAUGUCGACGACAAUUAAGGAAGCGGGAACGACGACAAUGGAUCCAUUGCCGUCGACGUAUUCAACGUCAACGGUGGCCAAGGCGAUUACUCAGACAGUCCAGUUCAUAAUUAGCAGCACAACAUCAACACCAAAGCCACCAAGUAGUUCCCACAGCAUCGCCAGUACUGCCUCACUAACCACGAUGCCAACGACAGCAGCAGCAACAACAGCAGCAACUACUGCAGAGCUAGCAUCAGCAGCAACCACAGCAGCUACAACAACAGCAACAGCAGCAAUAGGCACUGAGAAGCUCAGCGUGAGCGAUUUAAGCACAGCUCUGCAACAUUUUGGAAUUGUUGAUUAUAUUGUUUUCAUUGCCAUGUUGGUGGUCUGUGCCGUAAUUGGCUUCUAUUUCGGAUUCAUCGAAAAGAAACAGAAAAAGGAAAAGGGCCAAGUGCCCACCGAUGAGAAGGAUGGCGAUGGCGCUGGCGCUGCUGGCAACGAGGAGCGUCGCGGUUCGGAAGCAUUGGAUUACUUGGUUGGUGGACGGAAAAUGAAAGUGUUUCCGGUCGCGCUGUCACUGGUGGCUAGUUUUGUUUCGGGCAUUUCUUUGCUGGGCACAUCAACGGAGAUCUACGUCUACGGUACCCAAUAUGCAUUCAUACUCAUCACGCUGGCCAUAUCAGGAUUGAUAUCGUGGUACAUCUUUUUGCCCGUUUUCUGCAAUCUGCAGUUGACAUCCAGCUAUGAGUACUUUGAGCUGCGCUUUAACAAAACCGUCCGUGUUGUGGCCUCAGCACUUUUUACCAUAACCACAUUGAUCUGGCUGCCCAUAGUGAUUUAUGUGCCAGCAUUGGCCUUCAACCAAGUGACUGGCAUAAAUGUACAUAUUAUCACGCCUGUGGUUUGCAUUGUCUGCAUAUUUUACACCACGGUUGGCGGUUUGAAGGCUGUCGUCUGGACGGAUGUCAUUCAAACCAUAAUUAUGGUGGGCGCCAUAUUCUUUGUCGUCAUUAAGGGGACCAUGAAUGUGGGCGGCCUGGGUGUGGUCAUACAACGCAAUCUCGACAGUGGACGUCUCGAAUGGCCCGAAUUCACACUCGAUCCGAGGGUACGCAUGUCCGCGUUUGCUGUAUUUGUCGGCUAUACGGUGCAUUCCACAUAUAAUUUGGGCUGCAAUCAAAUUAUCACACAACGCUAUAUGUCACUGCCUGGGCUUAAGGAAAUGAAGCAAGCCUCGCUGUUAUUUAUCUUAGGUCUAAUUGCAUUAACAGCCAUUUGUAUGUAUAAUGGUGUUCUGCUCUUUGCCACCUACUAUGACUGUGAUCCGUUGACAACAAAGUUGGCUAAGGCCAAGGAUCAGUUGGUGCCAUUGCUUGUGAUGGAUACGCUGAGUUCUAUUCCAGGGCUAUCGGGCAUGUUUGUGGCCGGUGUGUUUAGUGCAGCACUUAGUUCAUUGUCCACUGGGCUCAACUCACUGGCUGCCGUCUUUCUGGAGGAUUACAUUAAACCGUUGUACAGGAAACCAAUGAGUGAACGUCUAACUGCGAUAACUAUGCGCCUCUGUACGGUCAUUAUUGGAACAGCAAGUGUUGCCUUGGUCUUCGUGGUCGAACGUAUGGGCACACAUGUCAUGCAGUUGUCCAUGACUCUGAGCUCCUUGGCCCAAGGGCCGUUGAUGGCUUUGUUUGUUGUGGGCCUGUUGUGCCCCCGUCUUAAUACAAAAAGUGCGCUUUUCGGUGCCCUUUGUUCCUUCAUCUUUAUGACGUGGCUCUGUCUAAAUGCCCAAAUGGCAAUGAAUAGCGGCGAGUUGCACUAUGAAAGCAAACCAACGACCGUCGAGGGCUGUCAGUAUCAGUUCGAACAGCCUUUGGUCACGCCUGCAAAUGUCACAGCCGCAGAGCCAGAUUCUAUGGGUUUCAUUAAGCAAAUCUAUUAUGUGUCAUUCAUGUGUUACACACUCUUUUCCACCUUUGUGGGCAUCAUCUGUGCGUAUCUUUCGGGUUUCGUAUUUGGGUUCCGUGAACUUGAGGACAUCGAUGUGGAGCUAUUGGCGCCUUGUGUACGAGGCUUCUAUAAAAUUAAUUAUGCCAGCGUACAACUCGAUGACACUGUUCUAAAGCCAGGCAACGAGAAAUCUUAAAUUGUACCCUGAAAUAAACAAAUUGAUUACGUAUACGCCGUGUUUAACUGCAUUUUGUAACUAACAGCCUGACUAAUGGAGCUCUAUUUUUUUUUAUUUUAUUUUUAUUUAGGCCUGUCACUAACAAGCAACAAUAUACCUUGUGAAUAUUGCCUUAUUUCAGAAUGUACACUUCAUUUAAGGAUGCACCAGCGACAUUAAGUUUGCAUUUUACACAAUUCAUUCAUAAAUUUGAAACUGUUUUCUUU